CACAGAGGCAGACGCAGUGGAAGUGCUGGGACAUGAGCUACAAGCAGGUUCCUCUUCUGACAUGAUGUCACAUUGGGCCCCCUCCUGUCUCCUCCUCCUCCUCCUCCUGUCCCUGUGUCCUCCUGUGUGGCCCUAUGCCAACGGAAAAGUGACCAAAGCCUGCAGCAGCAUGGAGCCCCACCACCACAGUCAGGGUCAGACCAGCCCCAGCCCCUAUGUCCUCCAGACCAACACGUCCAGCUUCAGCCCGGGGGACCACGUGGAAGUGAGUCUGUCAGGGCAGGUGUUUGAGGGCUUCCUCCUCCAGGCGCGGGACCCUGCCCACAGCACCCCCUCUGUUGUGGGCUCCUUCAGCCUCACAGACCGACACUCCACUCAGCUGCUCUCCUGCUACAAGCUCCAGGGCUCUGCGGUCAGUCACACCAGCAGCUCCCGCAAGAGUCAGGUCCGAGUGAUCUGGAGAGCCCCUGCUAACCCCCCCGCACAAGUCCAAUUCUUUGUCACUGUAGUCCGACAGUAUGACACGUACUGGGUCAAAGUCCCUGGACCAAUCAUCACGCAGCACGGAGCGACGCCCCGCCCCCCUGCGCCGACGCCGUCCUCAGCCCCGCCUCCAGAGCCCACCUCCUCCGUCCCGCCUGGUCCUUUCAGCUCAGAGGGGUGUGGCCUGUCUAAGUCCUGCCUCCUGGACCCGCCUGGUUGUGACCCCACUCACCACCCCGACUGUUUCUACCUGUCCGCUACCACCCAAGGGCCUCCAGAGCAACAGUCUGUAGUGUUUGAGCUGAGUGGGCCAACCAAAGGGUACAUCGCCUUCGCCCUCUCCUGGGACACGUGGAUGGGUGACGACGAUGCGUACCUGUGUGUGAAUGAAGAUGGGCAAGUGUCUGUGGAGGCAGCAAUCUUGACUGGACGGACAUACCCGGAGGAAGAGACUCAGUCAGGUCUGCACUCCGUCUCCUGGAGGAUCAGUGACGGAAUCAUCCAAUGCCGCUUCAGUCGCCUCGUCAAACCGCCCAACCAGGAGUCAGAGCGCUUUGAUCUGGAGCAGGAGUACUUUGUGUUUGUGGCCAGUGGACCCACCUACCAAGGGCGCAUGGGGAAACACAGCCAGCAGCCCUUGGUGUCAGAGCGCAGAGUCCGUCUGACCGGGACUCCCAUUGUGCUUCAGGGCAGUCGUGGGCCCACCCUCCUCAAGGUGCAUGGAGCCUUGAUGCUGUUUGCCUGGAUGCUUACAGGAAGUAUCGGCACAUUUAUCGCCAGUUUCUAUAAGAACGAGUGGGCCUCUCACUCUCUGUGGGGUCAGAAGGUGUGGUUCCAGGUUCACCGGGGCCUCAUGGUGCUGACGGUAGCCCUGACCACAGUGGGGUUCUGUCUGCCUUUUUUCUAUCGGAGAGGGUGGAGCAAGCGUGCAGGCGUCCAUCCGUACCUGGGCUGUUGUGUCAUGGCUCUGUCUCUGCUCCAGCCAAUCACAGCCUGCGCCAGACCUGCCCCCGACUCUCCCAGGAGGUACAUCUUUAACUGGCUGCACUGGGGCGUGGGCUCGCUCACUGAGGUGAUGGCAGUGGCGGCCAUGUUCCUCGGAGUCGGCCAAUCGUCUUUACCGCUGCCUUCAUCGUUAGCAACCCACAUUCUGAUUGGUUACGUGUCCUGGUGGACGGCGUUCAGGCUCCUGCUCUUCAUUCACAAACAUUUCUACGUCACUAAAUUUCAAGCAGAGGACACACGCGCGAUUCUGUCCGACCAAUCAGAAGAUAGGAACAAGACGUCCUGGUUCAAAGUCCUGGUUCUGCCCGUGGUGCUGCUGGGGAACCUGGCUCUCCUGUGCACCCUGCUCUCCUCGUUCUACCAGCUGUGAGGAGACCAUGAGGAGACUGAACAAUGUGUGGCGAUACUCACAAGCAGUCCAAAGUUUCGACUCACCCUCUCGUUCAAGACAGAGUCCAAGACGAGACUAAGACCUCUAAAAACAGUCUCGAGUCUCGGUCUGAAGACUAAGACCGGUUUCAAGUCCUACGACACUAGUUCAAAUAUAUAGAAAAAAUAAACAUUGAAUGAGAGGGCGAGUCCAGACUUCUGAUUUGGACUUUAGUUAUUCAAACUAGAAAUAUUGUUAAUAUAUUUUCUGUUUUGUUUUUGUACAUGUAAAAUACACACUUGUAGUAAUGUAUUGUAGAGUGAUAAUGCCAAAGAACAUUUUAAAAUAAAUUUUUAUAUAUUUGUUUGAAA